CUCUGAAAUGAGUGAAUGCAUUACUGGACAAAGAUUCACAAGAUAAUCACCAUGAAGGCCCUGGUGUUCCUGACUUUGCUUGGAGCAGCAAUUGCUGCAGCUGAGGAUGAGAAGGUGGUUGGAGGGUAUGAGUGCACCGGACAAUCUGUUCCCUACCAGGUUUCUCUGAACGCUGGAUACCACUUCUGCGGUGGAUCCCUCAUCUCCAGCCAGUGGGUGGUGUCUGCUGCUCACUGCUACAAGUCUCGCAUCCAGGUCCGUCUUGGAGAGCACAACAUCGCUGUGAAUGAGGGCACUGAGCAGUGGAUCGACGCUGCCAAAAUGAUCCGUCACCCACAGUACAACAGCUACAACCUGGACAACGACAUCAUGCUCAUCAAGCUGAGCCGGCCCGCCACCCUCAACAGCCACGUGCAGACCGUGUCCCUGCCCUCGCGCUGCCCCCACACCGACGAGAACUGCGUGGUGUCCGGCUGGGGCAACACGUCCGCCACCGGCAGCAACUUCCCCGACAGGUUGCAGUGCCUGAGGCAGCCCAUCAUUGAUGACAGGAUCUGCAGGAAUGCCUACCCUCACCUCUUCACUGAGAACAUGAUUUGCUCUGGGUUCAUGCAUGGAGGUGCCAGCAGCUGCCAAGGAGACUCUGGUGGUCCUCUGGUGUGUAACGGUCAGCUGCAGGGAGUCGUGUCCUGGGGUUAUGACUGCGCCAUGCAGGGACACCCCAGCGUCUACGCCCGUGUGUGCCGCUUCAAUAGCUGGAUCAGCACCACCAUGAGCAACAACUAAACACACACAUAGUGUACCAUGAAUCCACGUGCUAGCAUCCAUGACAAAACUAUAGUCAGUGUCAUAUUCAGUUUAUUGGAUAUCUGUGCCAUUCAUUUACAUCUCAUAAUCAACAUGAUAAGAAAUAACAUUCUGUGACCAAAAAACUAAGUAACUAAUAAAAUAAAAUAAAAAAUAUACAUUAGCAUUCA